AUGGACUCAGUCAAUCUGGUCAAGAGAGACUCGCCUGUACAGGCCGAAGAGUUUGUUUCGAAUNNAGAGAAGCUACGUCCAUUGAGCGACCAACUGGCACACGAGAUGGAAAAGCUAGAUCAAAUGUUCUGGAUCGACCAACAGAAACUCAAAGAUAUCAGCAGACAGUUCGAAGUAGAGCUUGACAGAGGUCUGAAGGAGAACAACCAGAACAUCGGUAGUUUCCUCACGGUAGACCUCGGAGGAACAAACCUUCGUGUCUGCUGGAUCACAUUGCCAGGAGCACGCGGCCAACCCAGCAUAGUCCAAGAAAAGUACCAGCUCUCCAAGGAAGUCAAGACAGGCACUGCAGAUCAGCUUUGGGAUGAAGUGGCCGAUCGAAUGCAAACCUUCAUCCGAGAUCAGAAACUGGACGAGACUGCCACUCAGCCUUUGCCGCUUGGUUUCACAUUCUCAUAUCCAGCUAUGCAAGACUUCAUCGAUCACGGCGUGCUGCAGACAUGGACCAAAGGCUGGGAUGUAAAAGGUGUGGAAGGCGAGGAUGUAACGGUACAACUCCGCAAGGCGAUGGAAAAGAGACAGCUACGUGUCAAGCUUGUCGCACUCAUCAACGACACGACAGGUGCCAUGAUAGCAUCCGCGUAUCACGACCCUGAGACCAUCGUUGGUGCCAUCUUUGGAACAGGUUGUAAUGCCGCGUACAUGGAAGACAGCGGCUCAAUACCCAAGAUCAAGGGACGACUACCACCUGCAUGCCCUGUGGCCAUCAACUGCGAGUAUGGUGCUUUCGACAAUAGCCAUACUGUGCUUCCAAUGACAAGAUACGACCACCUCAUCGACGAGGAAUCACCUCGAUCAGGCGAGCAAGCCUUCGAGAAAAUGAGUGCAGGCCUCUACCUCGGCGAAAUCUUCCGCCUGGUACUCGUAGACCUUGCAAAGCGACAGCUUGUUUUCAAGGACCAGGAUAUCUCAAGAUUAGACAAGUCAUAUAUCCUCGACACUGGAUUCCUGUCAGCAAUCGAAGACGACCAAUCUCCUAGCUUUGAGAACACGGCUACUUCAUUUNNGGAAGCCCAUACAGGCAUUCGACUAGAUGAUCAAGAACGUCAGGUUUGCCGUCGCUUAGCAGAACUGAUCGCUAUCCGGGGCGCCCGUCUCUGUGCGUGUGGUAUUGCAGCAAUCUGCAGCAAGAAGAACAUCAAGCAUGGUCAUGUAGCCGCUGACGGAUCGGUUGCAAACAAACACCCCAAGUUCAAGCGACGAUGGGCCGACGCGUUGGCUGAGAUUUUGGACUGGCCAGAGGAGAGAACCGAGGAUCCAAUCGUGUUGACUCCUGCGGAAGAUGGUUCGGGUAUCGGAGCUGCGGUCAUUGUUGCCAUGACUUUGGAAAGAGCGAGGAAGGGUGACGAUGCUGGAGUCAAGGAAGCUGCUGACAUGUGA